AUGAAAGAAUUAAAAAAUAAAACUUCAUAAAAUAAAAUUGAAUAAUUAACCUUAGGAGAUUAGCCAGAAAAAAUAAAAUGCCCAUAUUGUGCCGCACAAACAAAUACUUAAAUUUAAUUCAGAAAUGGUUUUUUGACAUACACAUUAAGUUUAUUAGUACUUGUAACAAUUCCAUUGUUAGCAUCGAUAUUUUUGAUACCAAUAGUAAUUUUAUUAACUAAAAAUCUAUGCCAUAUAUGUUUAUGUUGUGAUAAUAAAGUUGGUUCAAAUGGAAAUUUAAUAUAUGCAUUAAAUAUAAAAGAUGGUAUUGUUUCAUUUAAAAUAGGAGAAAUAGGUUUUAUUUUAACUAGAAAAAUAAUAUUAAAUAUAAUAAUAUUAAUAAUAACAUUUCUUGUAAUAAUGUACAAAAUCAAAAAUACAACAUAUCAUAGUCAUAAAUAUGGACAUUCACAUGCUAAUGAUUUAUUAUAUUAUACAAAUAGUACAUGGAAUGUAUUCAUAUCUGAAUGUAGUAUUUAAAAAUUCCGAGAGAAAGGAUAAUAAUAAAUGUCCUAUUGUUGGAAUAAUCACAUUGAUAGAACUAUUGUUUCAUGGGAAGGUCAUGUAAUUAGAGUAGAAGAUCUUUGAGGAAGUCUUUAAUAAUACAUACAUCACGCAGUAACAAUACUAAUAUUAAUGGAUCCUACAGAAUAGACAGAAGACAAUAAAUACCCAGAUUUACUCUUAACUUUUGAUAGUGAAUUAGUAGGUGAUUAUGCUUAAGUUUUAGAUUAAAUAAGUAGAGGAAGUCAUAUUGGAUUUAAUGCUACUUG